CCAACAAAUGUGGCAUAGACAUCAAUCAGUAACCACAACAAGCGGAUCCCAUUUUUUUCCUCCACCUUCAGAGGGGAUCAUGGACAUAAAAGACGACCAGCAAGACGAUUCCUCAUUCAGCACAGAGACAAACGGUAAGCGUCCUGCCGAGGAUGCAGAUCAGCAGAAAUCGUUUAAGCGCUCCAGGAGCUCGGACGAGAUGAUUGAGCUCCGCAUCCUCCUGCAGAGCAAAAAUGCAGGAGCUGUAAUCGGGAAGGGUGGCAAAAACAUCAAAGCACUGCGUUCAGACUACAAUGCCAGUGUGUCAGUCCCAGACAGCAGUGGGCCCGAGCGCAUCCUGUGCAUCUGCGCUGACAUAGAGACCAUUGGUGAGAUCAUGCUCAAGAUCAUCCCUACACUGGAGGAGUACCAGCAGUACAAUGGCAUGGAUUUUGAGUGUGAUCUGCGUCUACUGAUCCACCAGAGCCUGGCUGGCUCCAUCAUUGGAGUGAAGGGCGCCAAGAUUAAGGAGCUCCGAGAGAAUACAAAGACCAGUAUCAAGCUCUAUCAGGAUUGUUGUCCUCAGUCGACAGACCGUGUUGUGCUGGUCGGCGGUAAAAUGGAGCGCGUGGUUGAAUGUAUCAAGACCAUGCUGGAGGUCAUCGCUGUUGCUCCCAUCAAGGGCCGCUCACAGCCAUACGAUCCCAAUUUCUAUGACGAAACCUAUGAAUAUGGAGGCUUCACGAUGGCAUACGAGGAGAGGGGCAGCAGCAGCCGCCGGCUAAUGAACAGUUUUCCCAUACGAGGAAGCCGCCCAAGCGCCGGCGACCGCGGCUACGAUCGAAUGUCUUCCAGCAGGUCGGCUCGGGGACCGCUGCCCCCCUCUCGCAGGGAUUACGAUGACAUCAGCCCCCGGCGGGGUCCUCCCCCGCACCACCAGAGCAGGAACCGAGGUCACACUAUGUCGAUGGGUCGCUCACACAGAGGCGGAGAUGAUCGUUACUAUGACUCAUACCGUGGCUCAGAUGAAAGGUCAAAUGACAGAAGAGGUAGACCGGAUCGCUACAGUGAUAACAUGAGUGGGGGAGGAUAUGACAACAGCUCUUCUUGGGAUAGCUACCAGUCAGGUGGACGGGGCUCCUACAAUGACCCGGUCAUCACCACACAAGUGACCAUCCCCAAAGACCUGGCGGGCUCCAUCAUCGGCAAGGGUGGCCAGCGGAUCAAGCAGAUCCGGCAUGAUUCCGGCGCAUCCAUCAAGAUCGACGAGCCUCUAGAGGGCUCAGAGGACCGCAUCAUUACUAUUGUGGGCACCCAGGAUCAGAUCCAGAAUGCCCAGUAUCUUCUACAGAACAGUGUGAAGCAGUUCUCUGGUCAAUUGCUGUAGACAUCCCCCAGGAUUGACUCGAGCAGAUUGCCCCUCCCCAACCCCUUUUCCCCCUCCCUCAUACACACCCCCGUCAGACUAUUAUUCUGGAUUGUGGGUACUUUUUGGGGGGGGGUAAUUUCAUUUUUAUAUUUUUAAUGUGAUGUUCAACAUUCCUGUGCAUCAAAGAUGUUCUGCAUUCUUUAAAAAUGUAGGGUUUUUUUUGUUUUUUUUUAGUUUACCUGCUUACUGUUUGAAGUACACUUCGUAAAAUAAAAAUCUAAUUUCUCCCAGCAGAUUUAAAUAACCUUAUUUGUGAUGCUUGUUUUUGUGUGUAUAGUGCUGACUCACGCGUCCCAUUACUGCUCCCCUGUUCUUUUUAACAGUUUUUGGGGUAUGCUGUGACGCGUAACAGUACACGCUGGCUAUUCUAUCAAAAUAAUUAAUGUUUUUGUGUGCGUUAAAUUCAGUAGUUUCCAUCCUUUGGGAUACCUGCAAGAAUUUUUGUUUUGGAAUUGAUCUGAAAAAUAAACAAGACCCAUGUCUAUGCUCUCGACUACAGUCGUUGUCAAUGCUGUAAAACAUUUGUCAAGUUGUAAAAUGAAUAAAGUUGCCACUUUUUACUCA